AUGCUGCAAUCCAGGGCACUCGCGAUAGCUCUGAUUCUGCUCCUCAGCACCACUCUCCCCGAAGUGCAUUCAAAGUUCACCUCUGAUAAAGACCGCCGUGACUGGUUGGUCACCGUCGAUGCAAUUGCAAUUUACAUCUAUGAAUCUGUGAGCAAGGUGUCCCCUAAAAUCGGUCAGAUCUUGGCAGAUGCUGCCCAGACUACACCAGUUGUUGUGACCAGGAACUUCUUCAUCAGAGAAACAGCUAAAAUCACUAUAAUGGUUGAUCAGGUGAUUGAAAAAAUGAAAAACCUGUGCUACAAAAACUUCGUAGGCUACUAG